GUGUGCUCUCUUCACUAUGCAGAUAUCCUCUUCUUAUAUACCUAUUUCCACCACCAUCAGCACCACCCUCGACCCCCACUCACCAACUCCGGCACCGACGACAAAUGUUAUUGGGGUUUCAGAUAAGUUAUGACCUACUUCGAGUGGAUGUAUCGACAUUUACAGUGCGUAAGCGCAAACUCCACUGAAAGAUGUGCUAAGCAUGCCUUACUUUAGUCGCCACCCUUUGCCCCUACUUCAAAUAUAGCACCCUGUUUGGUGUGGAUUCUCUCAUUCAAGCUCAAGCAGAGAGAAGUAGACAGCUCGAUGCGACCAUGAAAGGUGCUUUUGCUAUCUUCCUGUUCUUCCUCUCGUCUUUCAUCUCAAUCCUUGGAGGAACCAAAGUAGCUCAAGCAAAGGACAAUGGGGUUUACAUUGUCUAUAUGGGAGCGGCUGCUUCAACAAAUGAAUCCUUAAGAUACGAGCACACGCAGCUUCUUAGUUCUUUGAAACGGAAGGGCAUGACAUUAGUACACAGCUAUUCGCACAGCUUUUCUGGCUUUGCGGCUCGCUUGUCAGAAGAAGAGGUGCGAUCAAUAGCUCAGAAGCCAGGAGUCAUCUCCGUGUUCAAAGAUCCGCUACUACAACUCCACACGACUCGCUCGUGGGACUUCUUGAAGUAUCAGAUUGAUCUGGAAAUAGACUCGAGCCCCAGCUCUGACUCGGACUUGUCAACCCAGGAAUAUGAUACUAUCAUUGGCAUCAUGGAUACAGGCAUAUGGCCAGAGUCGAAGAGCUUCGAUGACAAGGAUUUGGGACCGAUUCCGCCACGGUGGAAGGGAAAAUGCAUGGAAGGGGAUGAUUUCCGUCAGUCCAACUGCAACAGAAAGCUGAUCGGAGCUAGAUUUUACGUUGAUCCUGAUGAGGCGACAGCAGACCGCACGCCUAGGGACAUGUUCGGCCACGGAACCCAUGUGGCUUCAACUGCAGGAGGAAGUGCCGUGCUGGGUGCUUCUUUCUAUGGCCUAGCUGCGGGGACUGCAAAGGGCGGGUCCCCCAGGUCAAGAAUUGCCAUCUAUAGAGUAUGCUUGCUGGAGGGAUGCCGGGGGUCUGCCAUAAUGGCAGCUUUCGAUGAUGCAAUUUCUGAUGGAGUUGAUGUGGUGUCGCUCUCGCUAGGUGCAUCUGCGAUGACGAUACCUGAUGUCACGAGCGAUCCAAUAGCGAUAGGAGCAUUCCAUGCGGCAGAGAAUGGGAUUAUUGUGGUCUGCUCAGCAGGGAAUGACGGGCCUAACUCAGGAACAGUCGUCAAUGCUUCUCCUUGGAUUCUGACUGUCUCUGCCUCAACCAUCGACAGGAAUUUUGAGUCUGAUGUUGUUUUGGGUGGAAACAAAGUGAUCAAGGGUGAAGGCAUAAAUUUCAGUAGUCUCGAUACAUCCCCGGUGUAUCCUUUGAUCUACGCUAAGUUUGCACAAGACAGUGAAGCGCUAGAGUCGGAAGCAAGAAACUGCAACCCAAGUUCCAUGGAUGCAGCCAAAAUCGAAGGCAAGAUUGUUGUCUGCGAUAAUGAUGACAACGAAUACUCGGAGAAAAGCAAGUUGGAGGAGGUGAAAGAUCUUGGAGGAGUAGGCCUAAUCUUGGUCGAUGAUGAACAAAGAUCUGUUGCAUCUAUCUAUGGCGCAUUCCCUAUGACGGUGGUUUCUUCAGAAGACGCUUCUGAGAUCCUCUCCUAUAUGAACUCCACCAGCAAUCCAGUGGCUACAGUCCUAGCAACAGUUGCAGUUGCGAACUAUAAGCCAGCACCUUCCAUGGCAUACUUUUCAUCCAGAGGCCCUUCAUCCAUCACUAAGAACAUUCUCAAGCCAGAUGUCACAGCACCAGGAGUGGCCAUUCUUGCAGCUUGGAUAGGCAACGACACGGCAGGCACUCCAGGCAAAGCCGCCCCAUCGUUCAAUGUUCUCUCCGGGACUUCCAUGGCGUGCCCACACGUGUCGGGCCUUGCCGCGACCAUCAAGUCUCGAAAUCCCACUUGGGGCCCAUCAGCCAUCAGAUCAGCCAUCAUGACCACAGCCAUCCAAACAAACAACUUGAGGGGCCCUAUAACUACGUACACGGGCACAGCCGCCACACCGUACGAUUAUGGAGCAGGAGAAGUGAGCACAACUCGACCGUUACAGCCAGGACUUGUUUACGAGACAGACACUAGGGACUACUUGAACUUCCUCUGCUACUAUGGCUACAACAUUGCGCAGAUCAGGCACAUCGCGAGAAAUGUUUCGGAUGGUUUCUCUUGUCCCCAAGGUUCAAGCUCCGACCUGAUUUCCAACAUCAACUAUCCCUCGAUAGCAAUCUCAGGUCUGGAUGGGAAUCAAAGCAAGACCGUUGUCAGGACCCUCACAAAUGUUGCCGGAGAUGAUGCAACCAUUUAUAUGGCAAGCAUUGAUGCUCCGGAGGAAUUAAAUGUCAAGGUAGUUCCAAGUGAGCUCGAAUUCGAGACAACGGGUCAGAAGCAGAGUUACCAGGUCGUUCUCUCAUUGAAAUCAUUGGUAAAAGAACAUUUGUUCGGGUCGAUUACUUGGACAAACGGACAAUACAAAGUUCGUAGUCCAAUUGUAGUAAGUAGUAAAAAGUGACUAUCUGUAAGUAGAGGAGACUUGCACCGGGCCAAACUUUAUCCCGGAUACUGAUGUAGAUGGAGCGCCUGGAUGAGAAGUUCAAGUCCCGAAAAUGACCAAGAAUUGGAGAAAAAUGGGAGUAUCAAUAACCAAAUCAAAGAAAGUUAAGGCCGCUUCAUCUUCA